GCCCGCAGACAGACAGUCUUUCCUCCGUUCAGACAUGUGGCUCCUGAUUGCCUUGCUGUGGCUGCUGGUGUGGGCAGCUGGUACGUACUGGUACCUGUUCGGGAAGCCGAGCGGCUUCUCCUUGGAGUCGGUGAGACCGCCUGGACCUCGAGAGUUUGACCAGAAGAAGAGAGACAAGAUCAUCAAGCAAGGUUUUAGUGCUAACAAAGUGCCGGAGAACCUGGAUGUGAUCGUGAUCGGCAGUGGAAUCGGUGGACUGACAGCAGCAGCCACGCUGGCCAAAGCUGGGAAGAAGGUUCUGGUUCUGGAGCAGCACGACCAGGCGGGAGGCUGCUGCCACACCUACAUAGAGAAGGGCUUUGAGUUUGACGUUGGCCUUCACUACAUAGGUCAGGUCCACGAGAACAGUCUCCUGCGGAUCGCCUUUGACCAGAUCUCUGAAGGACAACUGGAGUUUCAGGAGCUCAACCCUCAUUUUGACACCAUCGUGAUCGGCCAGGGAGGCCACAAACGAGAGUACACCAUAGUCUCUGGUAAAACGGAGAUGAAAACCCACCUGAUGAAACAGUUCCCUGAUGACACUGAAGCCAUCGAGGCUUUCUUCAAAAUCAUGAAGGUCUCAGCGAAGAAAACUCACUAUCUGGCCACUCUGAAGCUGAUUCCUCAGUGGCUGUCUCUGUUCCUGCUCAAAUCUGGGAUUGCAAACCUGGUGUCUCCUGUUUUCCGUCUCUCAGGCACACGUGCAACGGAUUUUGUGAACAAUUUAACCAAAAACAAGGAUCUACAAGUCCUCUUUUCCUACUUUUUUUAUGGUGUUCCUCCAAAAGACUCCAGCCUUCUGAUCAACGCCCUCCUGUUCCACCACUACAAACGUGGCGCCUACUACCCCAAAGGCGGUGCCAGCGAGAUCGCGUUCCACAUCAUCCGCACCAUCCAAAAGCACGGCGGGGACUGUUUAGUCCGAGCUCCUGUCUCUCAGAUCCUGGUUGAUGACAAGGGGGCGGCUUACGGAGUGAAGGUGAGGAGAGGCCCGGAAGAGGUGGAGGUUCGUGCUCCUGUGGUGGUUUCAAACUGCGGCGUCUUCACCACCUUCGAGAAACUGCUCCCUCCAGAGAUUCAAGUCAAGCAGGAGAUCCAGGACAGACUGAACAUGAUGAAACACGGCAGAGGGUCACUUUUGGUCUUCUCUGGCUUUGACGGAACUGAGGAGGAGCUGGGCCUGGUGUCCACUAACUUCUGGCUGUACAAGGACAAUGAUAUGGACAAGUCGAUGGAUGAAUUCUUUGCUUUAAGCAAAGACGAAGCCCCCGACAACAUCCCAAUGAUGUUUGUCACAGUACCUUCAGCCAAAGAUCCAGAGGCCAAAUUACGGCACCCAGGAAAAUCCUGCAUGACCAUACUCACCAUGGUUAAGUAUGAAUGGUUCGAGGACUGGAAGGACACAACUGUGCGCAAAAGGGGGGAUGAAUACCAUAACUACAAAAUGAGAUUUGCUAAAAACCUCUUUGAUUGGGCCUGCACUUUAUUCCCCAAAAUCAAAGAUAAGUUGGUGUUCCAGGAUGUGGCUACCCCACUCACCAACACACACUACUUGGGGUCUCAGCGGGGAGCCAUGUACUCUGCAGAGCACAAUCUGGAGCGUUUUCACGCCGAGGCGGUGGUCAAGAACAGGUGCAGCACCCCUGUCAAAAACCUCUACAUCUCAGGCCAAGAUGUGUUCAGCUGCGGAAUAGCCGGUGCUCUUCAUGGAGGACUCCUCUGCGCCUCCACAGUGUUGGAUCACAUCGUCUAUAUUGAUCUGCUUCUCCUGAAAAAGAAGCUGAAGAGGAGAAAAGCCAAAGAGCUGGCCCAGCUGGCCAAGAAGAAGCUGCAGUGACAACUGCAUUGAUUCCCUGCAGGACAAUGUUGAAGCUCCUCCCCUUUGGCCUGCCGCUGCCUCCCACAGCUCAGGCUGAGCCAACAGCUGCAGCUGCAACCAGGCUGACAAAAGAGAAGAAGAGCAUAUACAUUUAUAUAUAUAUAUAUAUUGGUGACAGGAAGACGGCCUGAAGAAACAGGUGAAUCCAGAUAAAGGAAAAAGGCUGGGAGGAAAAAUCAAACCUUCCAGCCUUCAAACUUUAAUAAAAUUGAAGCAAAUGUUCCACUUAAGUCAGAAGAUUUACUGAAGUGUGUUUUACUGAAGUGAAAAAAGAGAUUACAGGUGAAUUCUCCUCUGUGGGGGAAAAGGUUGGGCCAGUUUUGAGAACUAUUUCCUUGCUUUUCCGCAGUUUUUUCCCCUUUUGCCAGAAAAUCCGUCAUAGACCGACACAGAGCAAGUCCAUACAGUAAAACCAUGCAAACAUCGAAACAGUUUUGAAAUAUUCCUCCAAACGUCCUGCUCUGAAACGACACAGACUCUUAGCUCUCAGACAUGUCUGUACUUCCAUGUUCACAUUUUCCAGCUGUCCUGUGGAAGCCUAAUCACAGGAUGCUGGCAGCCUUUUUGAUCGCUUUUGAGCUUUUAUCUCACAUUUUGAAAGAUCUAACUUUCAAUUUAAAUGCUCUUUAAUUUUAAAAACUGUUUAUGGAUUCGACGAUUGUUUUACACAAAUCCAUAAUGUCAAGGAUUUAGUAGAAGACGGGACCUUCAGAAUAAGAGCUUUCCCCUUUAAAACCCCGUGGUGACGUGUGCCCCAACACACUUCUAUCCUUCCCAGCUGGAUUUCCCUGCAAGGCUGCUCCUCACUUAUAAAUUAUGAUUCAUGUUGGAAUUUGGAUCAGAGCAGGCAAGACAAAGGCAGGCAACAGAGAAAAGCUCGGUUUCCACUGGUGUCUGAUCCUCUCAGAGAUGAAUCGUGCCAUCAAACGAAAGCAGAUUGGAUUGUUUCCCAUGUAUUUAAAAGUGACACAUAUUUGUUGGAUUAAGUUUCUUACUCAGGUGAAGCAAGAAAGCUGCAAACUUUUCAAAAUAAAGGUUCAAUUUGAAAUGUGCAGUUCAUGGAUUGGAGUUUUGAAGAAAUUUGCAAGCAUCUGAACUUGAAAAAGAAAAAAUGAAACCCUAAAGUUUUGCUCGGCUAUUGUGUUUGCAAUGCAAAACUAUCCAUUUGUGUAAAUAUGAAGUAAAAACUGAGUCCUUCAGCGGAAAAUGCUUGAAAAUAGCUAAUUUCAAUUCAUCUUUGAGUCUUUUUUUUUUUUGCUUUUGCUUUUUUUCAGUUGCCCCUGACAGUAGAGUGGGUUUUGAUGUGAUCAGAGACAGCUCUCGGUGGUUUCUGAACACACUCGACAGAUCUUUGGAUCUUCUAUCUUCCAGAUUUAUCAGCAUUGAAGACACAAAACAAUCUUACUUGUUGUCUUUAGAUAAACUUAACGUGACCAAAUGACAUCCGUUGGUUUUAAAAUGGACCUUUCCUGGUUUCCUGAGUCCUGCUCUUCCUCACACCUUCUCCAGGUUUUUCUUUCUGCUCUACAGUUUGCUGAGACAUGCUCGGCUCUUGAUCUUGACACACACCAGAUGUUUGCUGUUCCACUUCACAGAGAUGUGGGAAGCAUUUGACCAGAAGGUGGCAUCCUUCAGGUUCUGACCUGCUACUGGUGCAACAUUGGAGUUUAUUUCUGUUAAAACAAUAUUCCUAUAACAUUAAAAAGAAAAGGAAAAAAAAAAAAACAAUUGAAGGAAUUUAAUGGCAUCAAAGACAUGUAUGGUAUUCUGUCAGAGCUUAUAGACUUUUAUUUCAAGGGGAGCAUCCUGAACCCAAAUCUAUCAGCUGCUGAUUACCAGGUGAGUUUUAACAGGAAAAAAAACUACAAAAGGUAUUUGGAAAACACAUUAGACACUGACCCAGAAUCCUUUCUGUU